GCCUUUCUGGAGCACCCAACAUGGCACGGUGGCUCCUGAACUCCUGCAUCCUUCUGCUGAUGGCAGUGGGCAGCCUGCAGGCGCGCCUGAUCCUGCCACAAUCCCUGGACGAUGGUCAGCUGGAGACCAAGGGAUCUGCGCUCUUCGCCGCUCCCCGCGUGGAUGACAAUAGUGAGGGCAACUACCGACUGCCGAACACCACGGAGCCGGAAUCUUACAAUGUGGAACUCUGGACCAACGUCCACUCUGGCGACACCCAGUUCAAUGGAACUGUUAACAUCGAUCUGCGGGUGGUGGAGCUGACCACGGAGAUAAAGGUGCACUACCGCCAGACGUCGAAUUUCGAGGCCUCCAUCAUCAGCCGGGAUGCGGCCACGCCCACCGCUAUCCCCCUCACCGUGACCCCCGAACUGACGCGGGAGUUCCUUGUGCUCACUGCGACCAGUGGCCAGUCCUUCGCAGCCGACACCAACUGGACCCUGACCAUCAAGUACAACGGCACCCACCGAUCAGACAUGGGUGGCUUCUACAUCUCCAGCUAUACGGAUGAUGAUGGCAAGCAGCACUUCCUGGCCACCACUCAGUUCGAGAGCACCAAUGCCCGUCACGCCUUUCCCUGCUAUGAUGAGCCUGCCCGCAGAGCCAACUUCACCAUCACCAUCCACCACGAUCCUUCCUACACUGCCAUCAGCAACAUGCCUGUGAAUGACGAUGCCAGCAGCUCUGGAGUCACCGUCUUCCAGACGACGCCCAAGAUGUCCACCUACCUGGUGGCCUUCAUUGUGUCCGACUUUGAGUCCACCACUGGAGAACUCAAUGGUCUGCGUCAGCGAGUCUUCUCCCGCAAGGGCAAGCAGGAUCAGCAGGAGUGGGCCCUCUGGUCGGGAUUGGUAGUGGAGUCCAGUCUGGCCGGCUACUUCGGAGUUCCCUUCGCCCUGCCCAAGCUGGAUCAGGCCGGCAUUCCGGACUUCUCGGCCGGCGCCAUGGAGAACUGGGGCCUGGCCACCUACCGGGAGCAGUACAUGUGGUGGAACAAGGAGAACUCGACCAUCAACCUGAAGACCAACAUCGCCAACAUCAUUGGACACGAGUACGCGCACAUGUGGUUCGGCGAUCUGGUGUCCGUGAAAUGGUGGACCUAUCUGUGGCUCAAGGAGGGCUUUGCCACCCUCUUCUCGUACGAGUCGAACGACAUCGCCUUCCCCGAGUGGAACACCUACCAGAUCUACCAUGUGAACGACUACAACAGCGCCCUGCUGAACGACGCCCUGGCCUCGGCCGUGCCCAUGACGCACUACGUCCAGACGCCCAACGAGAUCUCCAACCGGUACAACACCUUCUCGUACGCCAAGCCCGCCAGUGUUCUGUACAUGUUCAAGAACGCCUGGUCGGACAAGGUUUUCCGCAACGGGUUGAACAAGUACCUGACCAAGAAUAAAUACACCUCCUGCGACGAGUGGGACCUGUUCGCCUCCUUCCAGGAGUCUGCCAAUGAGUUGGGCCUCACGCUGCCCACCUCGGUGGACAACAUCUUCAGCAGCUGGUCCCACCAGGCCGGUUAUCCGCUGCUCACCGUGACCAGAAACUACCAGGCUGGCACCUUCACCAUCACCCAGAAGCGCUACGUGGCGGACAAGGCCGAUGCGAAUGUGGCCACCUGGUACGUGCCCAUCAACUUUGCCACUGCCUCCAAGCCCGACUAUCGCAACACGAGUGCCACGCACUAUUUGCUGAAUGUGACGGAGACCGUGUUCUCGGACGUUCAGAUUGCCAGCGAUGACUGGUUCCUGCUGAACUUGCAGAACUUCGGCUACUAUCGCACCAUUUACGACGUGCAGAACUAUGGACUCAUUGGCGACGUUUUGAAGUCCGCGCCCUGGAAGAUCCACCCUAGGAACAGGGCCCAACUGCUGUACGAUACGUACAUCUUUGUGAACACCGAACGCCUGAGCCACAGCAUCCUGUUGAACCUGCUGAGUUACCUGGAAAACGAGGAGCAGUAUGCCCCGUGGUCCACUGCCAACACCAUUCUCACCGUCUACGAUCGUUACUUGAGGGGCGAUGACUCCUACUACAACUUCCAGAGAUUCGUGCAGCAACAGAUCGAACCCAUCUUCGCUAAGAUCGGCGUGAACGAGAUUCCCGGCGAGCAUUACCUGAACAACUACCUGCGCAUCGUCCUGGUCAGCUUGGCCUGCCAGGUGGGAAGCAGUGACUGCUACACCCAGUCGGCCCAGAAGCUUUCCGAGUACCUCAACAACGGCACUGCCAUCGAGGCCACUCUGAGGACCCAGGCCUACUGCGCCGGUCUGCGUUCCACCACCAAUGCCAUCUACAGCAGAGUCCAGUCCGAUCUUCUGGGAUCCUCCGACUCCACCGACCGCAGUCUCUUCAUCUCCUCGCUGGGCUGCUCGGGACAAACUAGCCAGCUGCUGGAUUUCCUGGGGCUUUCCCUGGACGCCACCAAUAGCCUGAGCUACUCGGAGCGCACUUCGCUGCUCAAUGCGGCCUACUCCCGCAGCGAGAUCGGUCUCACUGCCAGCUUGGAGUUCCUGGAGUCCAACUGGGAGGCAUAUGCCAAGCUGUCGGAGACUGCCAAGCCCCUGGAUGCGGCCCUGCGUGGCAUUGCCACCUACGUGGUCAGCGAGAAGCAGAAGACAAGGCUCAACGCCCUGGUGGAUGUUGUGCAAGCGGGUGGACCCACUUAUCUCAACGAUGACCUGAGCAGCACUAUUGACAGCCGGAUUACGGCCAACUUCGCUUGGUUGGACGUCAACCGCGAUCCCGUGCUCAACUGGAUCGCCGACUCCUUCUCGCAGAGCAGUGGUCCCUCUGUGACCUCUUCCAUCUCCACGAUCCUGGUCAGCGCGAUGGCCCUGCUGCUCUUCAGGCUAUUUUAGGCUAAGUCAUGUGGUCAAGUAUUAAGCAUAAAUUCGGAAAAUAAACAUGAGUCAACAUUAA